CCUUCCCUAGCUGGUCUGGCUCCUGUGUCCAUUCCUUGGCAUUGGACAGUGUCUGGAAAGCCAGCUGGCAUUAGGGCUUGUUUAAAUGACAUGAGAACACGGCGGGUUGGCACUAGGACUGUCCCUGGCCAUGUCCACUGCGCAUGGGGUCAGUGACCUCCAGGCCUAGCAGAUACGGACCCAGACGGAGUCAGGACCUGGCUGUGGGCGUGGGGGUGAGCUCGGGUUCCUGUCUGUGCCCUGCAGCUGCUGCGAUGGCUCAUGGCCCAGCAAGGACACUUGCUCUUCAGCCCAACGGUACAGAGGGGGCUGGGCCAGUGGAGGCCAAGGGCAGAGGCCUGGCAGCUUCUGGGGCAGAGGGGCACAAGCCCUAUCCCAGGAGCCCAGGGAUUCACUACAGGGAGAUGACACCCCAAGGCUAGUGAGGAUUGCUGCCAGCUCAAGGCCAGCCUGGACUACGUAGCAAGGCCCUAUAGGAAAAACACAGGAAAACAAAACAGCAAAAACCAGAAUCCACUUCCCAUUUGGGGCGUGAGGGGAAAGCCCGCAGGAGCUUGAGCAGCACCAGGCAGGACCUGCAGGCUGGGCCAGGCCAGCUCACCGGGCAGAGCCCACACCGCGAAGGCCCUGGCCCCUCCCCAGGUUGCCCUGACUCCUGGGCCAGGAUGUCCUGAGCGUCUGGGAGGCUGGUGUCCACCCACCCAGUGCAUUAGCUCCACUCUCCACUCCACUAUCAGUGCUGUUAUCACCGAGGCCUGGGGCAACUGGACUGAACCAGGUCUGAACACACUGUCCUGGAGGUGGGGACAGGACGGGAAGAGGGACCAGAGGAGGGGCAGAGAAGCCUGGGGGACAGUGCUCAGGGAGAGGCAUCCCAGAGGAAGGGGAAUGGGACAGGUCUGAGCCCCCUGGAGGGGGUGCUGGGGUGGUGGGGAUCAGGGUUGGGGCUCACUGGAACCUUGGGGAAGAGAAGGGUUGAGAUGAUGCAAGACACAAGGUGUCACUUGCCCGUCAUCGCAGCACUGGAGGCUGAGGCAGGAGGAAGCCUGGGCUUCAUAGUGAGUUCAGCCCAGGUGACACCACCAGAUCUUGUCUCAAAACUCAAACAAAAAGUGGGUGUGGAGCAACAGGUGCGAGGCCAGACCUCCUGGACAUGCCGGGUUGUGCCUGGGCUGCAGGGCCCCGGUGUCCCAGCGCCCCCCUCCCCCCGCAUGCGUCUGUGUCUGCGACUCCAGAUGGAUGGAGGUGACGCGUGUGGCCUCGGGCAAUGAUUGCCCAGGCGCCGCGGCACCGAGGGCCCGGGCGGAGCUGCGCAGAUAAAGGGGCUGGGGUAGCAGGGUCCCGGGCAGCAGAGGCACCAUGAGCCAGGAGGACCCGCGCACCGCGAGCGUGGCUGCUGCCUACCAGCGCUUCGAUCCCUCCGCCUACCUGCGCAACAACUACGCACCCCCGCGGGGCGACCUCAGCCGCCCCAGUGGCGUUGGGCCCUGGAAGCUGCGGUGUCUGGCAGAGACCUUUGCUACGGGGGAGGUGACUGGGCGCACCCUCAUCGACAUCGGCUCGGGCCCCACGGUGUACCAGCUGCUCAGCGCCUGUGCCCACUUUGAGGACAUCACCAUGACGGACUUCCUGGAGGCCAACCGCCAGGAGCUGGGGCGCUGGCUGCGUGAGGAUCCAGGGGCCUUCGACUGGAGCGCAUACAGUUGGCACGCAUGCCUCAUUGAGGGCAGGGGUGAGUCCUGGCAGGAGAAGGAGCGCCAGCUGCGAGCCCGGGUGAAGCGCGUGCUGCCCAUUGACGUGCACCAGCCCCAGCCCCUGGGCGCUGCCAGCCCUGCGCCCCUGCCCGCCGAUGCCCUGGUCUCUGCCUUCUGCCUGGAGGCUGUGAGCCCUGACCUGGCCAGCUUCUGCCGGGCACUGGGCCACAUCACCACGCUGUUGAGGCCGGGGGGACACCUGCUCCUCAUCGGGGGCCUGGAGGAGUCAUGGUACCAGGCUGGGGAGGUCAGGCUGGGGGUGGUGCCCAUGAGCGCAGGGAUGGUGCGGGAGGCCCUGGUGCUGGGUGGCUACGAGGUCCGGGACCUGCGCACCUAUGCCAUGCCCGCGCAUCUGCAGACGGGCGUGGACGAUGUCCAAGGCAUCUUCUUUGCCUGGGCCCAGAAGGCGGCAGGCGUGGAGGUAUGAAGGUCCAGGGUGCCCCUGGUGCUGUCACCCAAAGUGGCACCUAAUAAAGUAAUCGCUUCACUGAG